CGCCUCACGACUAGUCCGCUGUGAAUUGACGAAUCUACGUCGCGCGACAAUCGUGAAUCUCGUUCUUUGUUCCCGUUUAAACAAUAAGGGACCGUUUGAAGAAGCUUCUCUCGCCCGUCUAAAGGAGGUGGCUUUACCCUCCAACCAAAAGUCUUCAAAGGCGCGCAAGACCUUGGAAUAGGAAGGUGCGCAAUCCCCGAUACCAACGCGAGGGGCGCGCACAGGAAGCGCAAAGCCACGAUGCCACGUCGGUCUGCGCGCCAGUCGACGGUCAAGGUGGAAGAGGUGGUGCCAGAAAGACGGAAAGCCGAUCGCAAUUCCCCUUCUCGAACAGCCAGCUCAUCCACAACGGGACCGUCCAUGCGGGGCAAGAAGCGCGGCGCGAAGAAGGUGGAUGAGGUGAAUGAUACGCAGCAGCAGCAGCAGCAGCAGCAGCAGCAGUCGCAGCAUCGGGCAUCCAAGCGUCUCAAGAGCUCAGCAAAAGCCGAGGAGGUAAAGAUGGAGUCGGACAUUGCAGCAGCUGGAAUGCCGUCCAUUCGCAGUGGACGUGUCAAGAAUGGGCACAAUGCCGUUCAGGAUGAUGAUGCAGCAGAAUCAUCGCCAGCAAGUCCGGCGGCGGCAGAGGAAGAGCCGUGCGAAGCAAAGGUCUCAUCAGACGCACAAAGCCAAUCAUCAGGUGGUCCUGCUGCUGCUGCUGCUGAUGCGAAGAAGAAGAAGAAGCGCGAGUCGAAAUCUUGUGCUGGAGCGCAGCAGCAGCAGCAGCAGCAGCAGCAGCAGCAGCAGCGGGGGCAACAGGCGGAUGCUGCGCGAGUUCAGGGGAGCAAGUAUCACGUCGGAGCGCACAUUUCCAUGGCGGGAGGCAUCGAGAACAGCGUCAAGAACGCACUGAACAUCGGAGGCAAUGCGUUUGCGCUGUUCGUCAGGCCCAAAAUGGCUUGGGCUAGCAAAGCCAUAGCGGAGGUCAAUGUGCAAGCUUUCAAAUGCGCGGUGGCGCAACAUGAUUAUGCGGCUCGCGUAUUGCCUCAUGGAUGCUACCUCACCAACCUGGCCAAUCCGGACGAGGAGAAGAGGCGGAAAUCGUACGAGUGCUUCGUGGAUGAUCUGCAACGAUGCGCGCUUUUGGGCAUAGACAGGUUCAACUUUCAUCCGGGCAGCACAGUGGGGGAAUGCAGCAUGGAGGAGGGAUGCGCUUCGAUUGCGCAGUGCAUCAACAGAGCGCACGAACAAGUCAAAGACUGUCCACGCAUACUUUUGGAGAACAUGGCAGGAUCGGGAAAUGUCAUUGGCAAGAGCUGGACGGAGCUGGGUCAGGUCAUAGCGUUGGUGGUUGACAAGUCAAAAGUGGGCGUCUGUCUGGACUUGUGCCACGCCUUUGCCGCUGGCUACGACAUUUCUCACGCAGCAGGUUUCGACGCGAUGCUGGAAGAGCUGGACGCCAAUGUGGGCAAAGAGUAUCUGCAGGGAAUCCACAUCAACGACUCUAAAGGCGCCCUGGGCUCGCACAAGGACAGACACGAUAAUGUGGGAGCUGGGAUGCUUGGUCUCUAUCCAUUUUGGAGGAUCAUGAACGAUUUGCGCUUUCAAGGGAUGCCGAUGGUGCUGGAAACGCCAGGAGAAGAGGGUGUGAUGCAUCAAGUAUGGUCGCGCGAGGUGGAAGCGUUGUACUGUUUGUCCGGCACGCUCUACGAGGACGAUGUGCGCUCCCGCUCGAACAAGACGAUCAAGGCCGAGCACGAGCCGAAAGGGCAACAAGCCUCGGGCGGAUGGCAAAGGGCGAGAGAGUUGAUGCGGCAGGUCCAAGAGCUCAGACUCCAAGGCGCCAAAGCAGAAGAGGAGAAGAAGCAGAGGAGCCAAGCAAACAAGACUUUGGCCAAAGCGAAAGCCAGAGCCAAAGCCAAGGUCGACGUGUCGUCCAGCGAGGAGGAUGUUGACGUUGAGAAAGAGGAGGAGAAGGAGGAGGACAAGAAGAGACGGAAUGUCGAGCUGAUCGGAGCGAAGAAGAAGCGCGCCAAAACUGCCGCAUCCCAGCGACGCGCUGCUCCUUUUGCGCAGCAAACGGCCGCAGAGGUCAGCACUGCUGGCGAGAGCGCACUUGUCGAGAAUGAACGAGGAGCGGGCAGGAAGUCAAGGGGGAGGGCUUUGUGAACCCAGAAAGGCUAGGUAGAUGUUUUAUAGCGGGGCAGGUGCAAUGCGCGUCGGGCGUUUGUGAGCGACGUUGCAAGCGGUGCAGCGGACCGCCCGGGCACUCCUUGUGCUCGAAAACGAUGGAUAUCUAUGCUCAGCAUGCCAUUGAUCAUCGCGUGCUCAUAUUGUGCCAUUCUGGUGUCUAAUACUCCCCACGCAGCUCUUUGAGCAAGCCCUCGACCUAUGCGGGGUCGGCGUAGAAUGAAAAUGUGCACAGAUGAGCAAACCGACUGCAGCAGCUCUCAAAGCCGAGCAUUCGACUCACCUCCCACGCGCCAGCCCAAAACCUGAUGCUAGCCUCGACACCCCCCUCUUUUUCGAUUCUCUUUUCCAGUCCUCUGUAGCGUCUGACGAGAGCCACAUCUUUUGGGCCCAAUCGCAAAACAGGACAAUAAUCGUUGCCUCCAUCUCCCACGUACACUAUCCUUUCAAACGCCGAACGUCCUCCAUGACG